AUGGACAAGAUCCUGCAGUCCAUGACGAAUGGCUCGGUUUCCGUCACUAACGACGGCGCAACGAUCCUGAAGAGCGUCUACGUCGACAAUCCGGCCGCCAAAAUCAUGGUGGAUAUCUCUCGGACGCAGGACGACGAGGUCGGAGACGGCACGACCUCGGUUGUGGUGCUCGCUGGCGAGCUGUUGAAGCAGGCGGAGGCUCUCUGCAAUCAGAAGAUCCACCCCAUGACCAUCAUCGGCGGGUUUCGAGAUGCCUGCUCUGUCGGCUUGAAGCACUACACGGACAAGGCCAUGGACAAUGGGCGCGAUGACGCUGCCCUGCGCAAGGACCUCAUCAACAUCGCUCGCACGACGUUGUCGUCGAAGAUUCUAACGCAGGAUAAGGAUCAUUUCGCGGAGCUCGCGGUGGACGCCAUCUGCCGUCUGAAAGGCUCGGGGGACCUCAACAUGAUUCACAUCAUUAAGAAGCCAGGGGGUGGUCUUCGAGACUCUUUUCUUGACGAGGGCUUCAUCAUGGACAAGCACCCUGGGGUGGGCCAGCCGAAGCGGGUACAGGAUGCGCGCAUUCUCGUAGCCAACACGGCGAUGGAUACGGACAAGGUCAAGAUCUAUGGUGCGAAGGUGCGCGUGAGCGACAUGAUGAAGGUGGCCGAAAUCGAGCAGGCAGAGAAGAACAAGAUGAAGGAGAAGUGCGAGCAGAUCCUGGCUUACGGCUGCAACUGCUUCGUCAACCGGCAGCUCAUCUACAACUACCCCGAGCAACUGUUCGCGGACGCUGGAGUUCAGUCCGUGGAGCACGCGGACUUCGACGGCAUCGAGCGCUUGGCCCUGGUGACGGGCGCCGAGGUCGUCUCGACGUUCACCGAACCCGAUCCCGGCGUCCUCGGCAAGUGCGACGUGAUCGAGGAGAUCAUGAUUGGCGAAGACCGCCUCCUCCACUUCAGUGGCGUGCAGAAGGGCGAAGCUUGCACAAUCGUUCUGCGCGGCGCCUCGAUGCAUGUGCUUGAUGAGGCCGAGAGGUCCUUGCAUGACGCACUGUGCGUCUUGCAGCAGACCGUCAAGGAUACGCGGUGCACUCCCGGAGGUGGCUGGCCCGAAAUGCAAAUGGCAAAGGCCAUCGACGAGGCAGCUGCCGUCACCCCCGGAAAGCGCUCGAUGGCUAUGGAGGCGUUUGCACGGGCACUGCGGCAGAUCCCGGCGAUCAUCUGCGACAACGCCGGCAUGGACAGCGCGCAGGUUGUGUCGGAGCUGCGCGCGGCCCAUGCCGCCGAGCUGAACUGCCACGAGGGCGUCGACGUUGUUCGCGGCGAGGUAGGAGACAUGACUCAGCUGGGCGUGUACGAGUCGUUUAGGGUCAAGUCCCAGGUGCUGCUGUCCGCCACCGAGGCCGCGGAGAUGAUUCUACGCGUCGACGACAUCGUGCGCGCCGCGCCGCGGCAGCGCGGCGAGGAGUGA